AUGUCAGCCACAAAGAAGGACUGGCUGACAGAUGAGCGGAAGCUCCAGCCAGUAUACGAGGAUAUCCAGGAAGCACGACUCAAGCCCGCCCUCUCCCAAGUCGACCGACUCCUCAAGAAACAGCCCCGCUCUCAACCUGCACUCAUCCUCCGGGCGUAUCUCCUCAACCAGCAAGGAGCUGCAACGGAGGAUGUUCUGAAAGUGUGGAAGAGCGUGGAGGCGACGGGUGAGCUGAGUCCGAGGAGUAUGUGGUGGGCUGGGUUGUUGAUGCGGAAUAUCGGACGAUCCGAUAUCCUGCUUGACCUAUAUGUCAAGCUCUGGGAUGCUCGACCGGACUCUUCCGAAAUAGGACAGCAGGUCGUGCUCCUCUCGGUCUCGCUUUGGAACACGAGCCUGAUGUGCUCAUCCAGUCGAAAGAUGUUCAAUCUGCUCAAGACGACGACUUGGGCGAGGCUGGCCGCUUGGGCAGAAUGGGCAGAUAAAACAGCUCAGACGCCUAUACCAGCCGAUCAAGUCUUCCCCGCUCCCCCACCCGCCAACUCGCUAAGAAUAGCAGCCACCCUCCUCUCCACUACUCGGAAAGCUUGCCCUUCGCCAGAAGCGCUCUGGCUUCACGCGCAGAUAUACCUGGCCGCAGGGCAAGAAGAGGCGGCGCUGGCGCUGGUGAAGGAGGAAGGAGUCGGUGGGGGAGGUGUAGGAAGGGGGUGGUGGAGGAUCAAGACGGUACAGGAGGUCUUGAGGCGAAUGGCGGCUAAGGGCGAGGGCGGGGAUGAUGUGCGGAAUGUGGUGAAGGAGGAGAUGGGGGUGUUUUCCAAGGUCUUGAGGGAGAAUCCCGAUAUGCAGCGAAACUGGGCGAAUUACGACCACUUACUCCAGCUCAUAUCUUACGAUGCCUCCAUAGUCACCGAAGUCAAAGCCCUCUUUACCGACCUCGACACGUCUAUCGGCACGAAGGAGCGCGCACCUGCCCUCGCGCUUCUUCACCUCGACGCCCGGGCUGAGGAAGGUCGGAUGAGCGAAGCGGACUUCCGCGAGGCUAUUGAGCGGUACUGGAGGAGAUGGGGUAGCAAGGGGCUGGUAGUCGACGAUCUGAAGCAUAUUUGGGUGGAGAGGGAAGGACCGAUGGCUGGUCUGCUGCAAGCUUGGUCGGAAGAGGAUCAUACCGAUAUAUCGAGCUACUUGGCGGGUAAACACGCCCGACUGCUCAUGUUCCGCUUGAAGGCGAACGGGUGGAAAGCGACCGAGGAGGAAUUCGUGUCGACUUGGGCGUACUAUCUCGCUGGAACCACCUAUGCUGCGAAUCUGCCCAAGUCAGACGUCCGACCAGCGGAUGAGAUAGGUCUCGCAGCGGUCCAGAUUCUCCUCUAUAUCUGGUAUCAGGCUAAAGAUGAGGAGUAUCGAGAGCGACAUCUUCUUCGAGCGAUAGUAUGCCUCCGGAAGAUCUGUGACGACUCGCCAGCGUGCAUGAUGGGCCGAUACCUCUUGAUACGGCUGUACCGGCUUAUCGGAGCUCCAAGCCUCGUUGUUGCGCCAUUAGAACAGCUCGGCAUGCGGGAGAUCCAACUAGAUACGCUGUUACACGUCUUCUCGGAACGUGCUUCGGUUGAUGUCCUCCUUGGACAAACAGAAGCUGUUUGGGUAUCCUACAAGAAUCGCUCGGAGUAUAUGUAUCACAAGACCGCGGCAGACCUCUCGGAACAAAUCAAACACGCGGUCGAAAACGAAUCCUACUCCCAAAUCACCGGCAUCCGCCAGCUUCAACUCACACUCGCCACGUCCCUUCCCGCCGCUCACCUCGCUGUCGAGUCCGGCCGGAUCGCCUCCCUGAGAAGAGAUACGGCAUACCUCGCCGGAAGCGUCAUUUCGGCCGAAUUGGCGCACGCGAGGGAUGCGGACGAGGGGGCGGAUACGCGGAACUGGGAGCUGAUCCCCUUACUUGUCGGAGAGACGAGUAUGGGUGAGAUGCUCAACCUAGGAGGAGGUGGGAGGGGAUGGGUGCGGAGCUGGAGAGAGGUGGCGACGGGGUUCGUGGCUGUUGUGGCUGGUGGGGAUCUGUCUGGGCUGGUGAAAUUGGAGGGGCCGUCAGAGAGUGUUCUCGAUGGUGCCUCUACAGCCGAGCGUGCAGCACUGGAAGCCAUCGGGUCUAUCCUCCGGGGCGUAGGUACCGCCUUCACCUCUGACGGGACCGAAAGCGCAACUGCGGAAGCCGCAAGCUUGAGCACUGUAUGCGACGGCUUGAUACAACUCGCCAAGGCCGAUACUGGCUGUCGGUGGGACAAGCUCGAGUCUGCGAUGCUGCUAGUCGAGAUAUCGCGCAUCCUUGACGUUGUUUCUGGCAGAAUAGCAGUCACCGUCAAGCCAAAAGGCAAGAACAAGAAAGUGACGGCCUCGCCGGCGAUUCUAGAGUUCGCGAAAGACGUCGAAAAGCUGGAAAGCAGGUUGAAAGAAGGUAGAACCGAGGUCGUGAAGACGCUGGAUGGCCUAGAGAAGGCAGAUGUAGAGCUGGACUGGGUGUCUUUUGCGGGUUCCGCAGUAGAGGCUGAGUCUGUCGAGCGGGUCAAGAAGGACGUUGUGGCGUCCAGAAGAAUCGCAAUAGACAAUCUGCGAGAUUUGCUUACAGAUUCGAGAAAGUAG